UGACAGUCAGUUUUGAGUGGGCUACCGAUGGGAGUGGACGUUUACGAUGGCUGUUAGAGUUUUGUGUGGCAAAAUCUUACGUCGUUGUGUUUAUGCAUCAACAAAUCAUGGAAGAUGCAUGUCCCACUAUCCCAUAGACGAGCAUAUAUUUGGACUAUCAAGUGAACAACAACAGCUUCGACAAUUGAUUUUCGAUUUCGCACAAAAAGAACUAGCACCAAAAGCAGCAGAAAUCGAUAGGACGAAUAACUUUACUGAAUUAAGAGACUUUUGGAAGAAGCUGGGAAACCUUGGAGUUUUAGGUAUAACAGCUAGUCCUGAAUAUGGCGGAACAGGCGGGAAAUAUUCAGAUCAUUGCGUUAUAAUGGAAGAAUUGUCAAGAGCAUCAGGAGCAAUUGCGCUGUCGUACGGCGCACAUUCAAACUUAUGCAUCAAUCAGAUCAAUAGAAACGGAUCCCACGAACAGAAGGCUAAAUAUUUACCUAAACUAUGUUCGGGUGAGCAUAUGGGAGCGCUGGCGAUGUCGGAACCCGGUGCGGGCAGUGACGUGGUCUCCAUGAAGUUACGUGCCGAAAAGAAGGGGGACUAUUACGUGCUCAAUGGCAACAAAUUCUGGAUUACCAACGGUCCAGAUGCUGAUGUUUUAGUGGUUUACGCUAAAACUGAUUUAACAAGCAAACCGCAGCACGGAAUAUCAGCGUUUUUGGUCGAGAAAGAUUUCCCCGGUUUCUCUACCGCACAGAAAUUGGACAAACUCGGAAUGAGAGGCUCCAAUACUGGCGAACUGGUUUUUGAAGAUUGUAAGGUGCCGGCUGCUAAUCUUUUGGGCGAGGAGAAUAAAGGUGUGUACGUGUUGAUGUCGGGGUUGGACCUUGAACGACUGGUUCUAGCCGCGGGUCCCGUUGGACUUAUGCAAGCGGCCAUCGACACCUCCUUCGAAUACGCUCACACUAGGAAACAAUUCGGAAAGAAUAUUGGGGAAUUCCAGUUAUUACAGGGUAAAAUGGCGGACAUGUACACUACUUUGAGCGCCAGCCGCAGCUAUCUGUACAGCGUGGCGCGCGCCUGCGACGACGGACACGUCAACAGCAAGGACUGCGCCGGAGUCAUCUUGUACUGCGCAGAGCGAGCCACGCAACUCGCAUUAGAUGCCAUACAAAUUUUAGGAGGAAACGGUUUUAUCAACGAUUAUCCAACAGGAAGAAUACUUAGGGACGCUAAAUUGUACGAAAUAGGUGCGGGUACAUCUGAAGUGAGAAGAAUGCUUAUAGGAAGAUCAUUGAACAGCGAAUAUAAAUAAAUGAAAAUAAAAUACAGAA